AGAGAGAACGAGUCAGACGUAAUUGGCGCCCCGCUGCAUAUCGAUUCUUCACGUCUAUAUAUAAAAUCAAACUGACCUUCACCCCAUCUUCUCUUUCAUUUUUUCACGUCUCUCAUUCUUUCUCCUCCUCCUCCUCCUCCUCCUCCUCUGUCGCUCUCAGUUUAGAGAUGGACACCUUCCUCUUCACCUCUGAAUCUGUCAAUGAGGGUCACCCCGACAAGCUCUGUGACCAAGUCUCGGAUGCCGUUCUUGACGCUUGCUUGGAACAAGACCCCGAGAGCAAAGUUGCCUGCGAGACGUGUACAAAAACCAACAUGGUCAUGGUCUUUGGUGAGAUCACAACCCAGGCUAAGGUAGAUUAUGAGAAAAUAGUUCGAGACACUUGCAGGGGAAUUGGGUUUACAUCAGCUGAUGUAGGCCUUGAUGCUGACAACUGCAAGGUCCUUGUCAAUAUUGAGAAGCAAAGCCCUGAAAUUGCAGAGGGAGUUCAUGGCCACCUCACCAAGAAGCCUGAGGAAAUUGGAGCUGGUGACCAAGGCCACAUGUUUGGUUACGCCACAGAUGAAACACCUGAGCUCAUGCCAUUAACUCAUGUCCUUGCCACCAAGAUUGGUGCCAGGCUUACUGAGGUCAGAAAGAACAAAACGGUCCCAUGGCUUAGGCCUGAUGGUAAGACCCAAGUGACUGUUGAGUACCGGAAUGAGAACGGGGCCAUGGUCCCGAUUCGGGUGCACACCAUCCUCAUCUCAACCCAACACGAUGAGACUGUCAAAAAUGAGCAGAUCGCUAGUGAUUUGAAGGAACAUGUGAUCAAACCUGUCGUCCCAGCCCAAUUCAUUGAUGACAAAACUAUUUAUCACCUCAAUCCUUCGGGUAGAUUUGUCAUUGGAGGACCUCAUGGAGAUGCUGGGCUUACGGGCAGGAAGAUUAUCAUUGACACCUAUGGUGGUUGGGGUGCUCAUGGUGGUGGUGCUUUCUCAGGGAAAGAUCCAACCAAGGUGGACCGGAGUGGUGCAUACAUUGUAAGGCAGGCAGCAAAGAGUGUUGUCGCAUCAGGGCUUGCUCGACGCUGUAUUGUGCAGGUUUCUUAUGCGAUCGGCGUCCCAGAACCCCUAUCAGUUUUUGUGGAUACCUACAAAACCGGAAAAAUUCCAGACAAGGAGAUAUUGGUUCUCAUCAAGGAGAAUUUUGACUUUAGGCCUGGAAUGAUUGCCAACAACCUUGAUUUGAAAAGAGGAGGCAACUUCAGGUAUCAAAAGACUGCUGCUUAUGGUCAUUUUGGCCGUGAUGAUCCAGAUUUCACUUGGGAGACCGUAAAGAUCCUCAAGCCAAAGGCCUGAGAAAGUGAGCUAGUUUUUGCAAAUAGCUACCAUCGUUGCCGCCAUUAUUCAUCUUGCUAGAGAAGAAUAAAGAAACUUCAAUGCACACGUCUGAUGUUGAGGUCUACACUUUCAAGGCUCAAAUUAGAGUUGAGGGUAGGAGAUGUGUGCUUUAAAGUUGAGAUAGUAGCAAACUUAGGAGGAGCCUGUAGUAUUUGUUGCAUUGUCUUUUAUCGUUUCUGUCAUUUUUCAUGUUUCCAUUUUUCUUACUUUUCCCAUUACCCAGCUAAUUGAUUGUUGAGGGUUCUGGCAUUGGACCUGAUUGACCAAUUUGUGAAAUUUAUCAGAUUGUCUUUUUAUAUCUCAA